AUGUUUCAAAAGUUGGUCAACUUGCGCCACCUCAAUAUUGAAGGUGCAUAUCGUUUGGAAGGAAUGCCAGUGCAAAUAGGUAAAUUAACUUGUCUCCAAACACUGUCUAAUCUAUUUGUGGGAAAAGACAAUUGCUCUGGGUUAAAGGAGCUUGGACCUUUGAAGCAUCUUCAAGGGACACUCCGCAUUUCAAGAUUAGAGAACGUGAUGGAAGCUGAUGAUGCAAAAGAUGCUGAAUUAAUUAAAAAGACCAAAAUCAGUGCGUUGUUUUUGGAAUGGAGUAGGGACAAUAUUGAUGAGUCAAAAGACAGUACAAGUGAACUAGAGGUACUAAACGGGCUACGACCUCAGAAUGAUUUGGUGGAGCUUGUUUUAAGGUACUAUGGUGGUACAACCCUUCCUAAUUGGUUAACACCCCCUUCAUUUCCUCGUAUGGUGUCCUUGACAUUAGAAAAUUGUUACAAGUGCACAUCAUUACCUCCAAUGGGGCAAUAUUUGCCAUCACUCAAAAAUCUUAGGAUCGGGGGCAUGGCUAACGUGGAGAGCGUUGGUUCUGAAUUGUGUGGCGGUAAUUUAGAGACUUUGGAUUUCUAUGACAUGGAGGAGUGGGAGAAUUGGAGUCCUUGUGAAGAAUUGCCAAAUCUGCGUGAGCUUUCCCUUAUUGGAUGUCCAAAGCUUUUAGGGAAGUUACCAAACAACCUUCCUUUACUAAACAAAGCUAUGAUAUAUAAUUGUGAGCUGUUGGCGUGUGGCGGAAAGGUUACUUUCAAAGAGGGUGUGUGUGUAAGAAAGUUUACAUUCGAAGGGGGGGUGAUGCGUGUAAGAAAGGUUAUAUUCAUAUCCUUUCCACUAAUUUCAUAUCAACUCACUCGUCGAGUAGAUCAAGGGCUUAAAAUGGAAGGGUUGGUAGAGUCGGAAAAGUUAACUAUUAAUAGGUGUGAGGAGCUGACGAAUUUGUGGUCAGACAACGAGGGAUCACUGCCACAGCUCCCAUUUCUGAAAGCUCUCUGCAUUUAUAAUUGUUCCAAACUAGUCUCUUUGUUGGCGGAAGAAGUUGAUAAAAAGCAUCUCCAACUGGGUAUUCCAUCCAGGAUCAUGUCUAUUCGUAUCCACAAUUGCAUAGCCUUGGAAUCAUUACCCAAGGCAAUGAUGUAA